UCCUGCCAUAAACACGUGUCACGUUUGUUGUCCUUUUUGGAAUUUCCUUGUUGAAUGUUCAUCUAAUAAUUCUACGGAAUGAAAGUAAUCUCUGUGUCAGAAACUGUUUACUUGCAGUGUCCAGUAAAUGUGUAAAACAUAACUCUGUCCAAGUAAUAGACUAUGAAAGGAAUAUUUGAAACAUGUAGAUAUCACCAGGGCCAUACAUUAGUUGGUAAUAAUGGAUCUUGCAGAUCAAUAUAGGACUCUCCAAAUACAGCUUUUAUCAAGAAGCAAGAAUUGCUCGGCUGGUAAUCAAUGGGUAUGGAAUCACUUGGCACAGUGUUUAGAGGAAAAGGAUCACACAUUUGGUUUUGUGUGUGGCUACUUGGCAGUUAUUCUCUGUGCAGUCUCUUACUCAAGUCUAAGCGUUGUUCACGUUCAUCGACCUAACCAAACCCACAAGAACGGUGUCCUCGUGUCUGCUGUACUGAACUGGCUGUCAGAAGUAACCGCAUUAUUUGGAGCGUUUCUAUCUCUACAGCUUCCUACACAGAUUUUAUACAGUAUCGUCUUACUCACUGUGCAUUCACUAUGUUGUGCAUACGUAUGUCUUAGUCCAUCUUCAAAAGGAAAUCAAAAUUUGUUCACAGUUAAGCCUACUAAAAAGAAAUCGAUGUUGAGAAAAUGCAUGUAUCCAUUUUACAUCCUGUUACCUGCCAUCUUUACCAUCAUUUUGACAACAAAAGCAACACAAUCAAUGAGCAGACGGUACGACUUUGUCAGCGCUCGUCCUCUCUCGCUGUAUCAGACAGAGAUAUCCGUGUUUUGGUUGCUGGGUUAUAUUUUAGGAACAGUUGCUGCUAUAUUACUGUGCUGCACCCGUGUUGUUGAAAUGAUGCAUGUCUUUAGAUCCAUGGACAGCAACAGAUGUUUGCCAUGUAUUUACCUGGCGAGUAUAUCCGGAGGACUCUGCUAUAUUUACAGUGUUUUGUCGCAAAGCCUUUCUAUAGUGUUUAUUUUCCACACAUUACCGUGGACAUUGCCGAGGUUAGUUGCUGUUGGAAUGGACUUUGGUAUUUUAAUUCAGCGCAUGCUGUAUAUGAAACAAGGAAGGAAGCGGAAAUUAUCAAAUGAGGAUACCAAGAGCCUGCUUAGUUCAGAAGAAGAUACAGACUUUUCGGAUAACGACAGCGAAGAAGUCAUCUGGAUGCCAUUGAAGAUUUUGGACGAGGCAAAACCUCAAAAUCCAGUUUCAGUUUCAAGGGUGCAGAUAAUAUCAGUGUCUGCACCAUCUAUAGAUAUCCCUGAUCUAAAUAAUGAAGGACAGUAUUAUGACUCGGGCAUAAAUAAAGAUGGCAACAGUGUGAACAUUGAUAACUGCAAAAGUGAGGAGACGGAUAAUCGCGAUACUACAGAUGGUGAUAUAUCAAAGCUUGAUGAUGAGAAAAUUGCAUUAGAAAAACUUAAAGACGACCUUCAGUCUGAUAUAGAGUCAUUGGAAACCAGUAGUUCCAAUUCCAAUGAUGAUCCAAAACAUGUGACAAACAACAAUAUCAUAAAGAAAAACAUUGAAGCUCUGAUAGAGGUGAGCAAAGAGGAAAAAAUAGUUUCAUGGAUGAACAACAGCAAAUGAAAUGUUUCAAAGAGAGACUAAAAUAAUCUUGCGCAAAAUCAAAACCAAAUUUUCACUUUUAAUGUAUUGGUUUAAGGAAAUGUCACUAAGUUUCGUUUUAUUUGGAAUGCUAGAAGGCAGCCAUUCUCAUAUGUUACUGGAAAUGCCUCAUACCGAGAAGUUUGAAAUCAUCCCCGUAUUAUAUCAGUAUGUUUCCAUUUACAGCCUUGUGUGGAAUGCGAUAAGAACAAAUAAACUGAUUCUCAGUCUCAAUGAUCUAAAUUUAAUAUAACUUAAAGAUACAAGUUUAUAUGUAUUGCCUGCCUGUAAAUUAAAUGCUACUCUUUUUCUAUUUUGUGCACAUUUGCAAAUACUUAUUGACUUUAAAGUUACUUUUUCUAACUCACCUAACCUGUUUCAGUUUGUUUUAUUGUAUUUCCUAAUUUACAUAAAGAACCAUAAGUUAUGUGCCAGUGACACUGAAAUUGCUUUGAAAAUUAUAAUAACCGGAAAUUUCCUUAAUAUUGUUCAGCUAUCCCCUAAGCACAGCGUAGAAAUAAGGCUAUAUUCUCCCAAUUGAUUUGUCUCUAUGUUUAGUUGUAAGUAGUUCACUACCCUGAUUUUUUUCUUUUUAUGGGAGACAAAAAAUCAAUUUGUAUAGGAUGCAAGUAUACAUUCGUUAAUAAACAUUGAACUGAGUUUAUAAGCUAGCGGGAAAUCUUGAGAAAGUAAGAAUAUACAUUUUACAUCACAAAAUCGCAUCUCAACGAUGCGAGAUCAUGACUAGCAACUAUGCAGUUAUCAUUAUAAUUUGUUAUUUUCUGUUUGACAUAGAUAAAUAAAAUGUGUUGAAACCGCA